AUGGAUGAAAUGGUGGCAGAUUACAUUCAAAAUCAUAAUUGGAACUGUAAUAAAUUAUUACGAUUUCUGGAUCCAAUGGUGGUGAACCAAAUACAGGGUAUUUCGAUUCCUGUAUCCAACCAGGAAGAUGAAUGCAUUUGGGGUCCUUCCACCAGUGGUAACUAUACAAUUAAAACUGCUACUUGGUUGCAAUUACCAGAAAUAGAUAAUCAUAGCAGCUUAGAAUUACUAAAGAAUCUCUGGAAGCUUAAUGUUCCCCCUAAAGUUCAACUCUUUGGAUUGCUCCUCUUUAGAGGAUACCUUCAAGUUUUCAGGAAAUUGUUUGUUGACCAAGCUUGUGAUCGGGGUCUUUUUGUCAAUAUCUUAACAUUAUGCUGGCAGAUUUGGAAAGCUAGGAAUGAUGCCAUUUUCCGUGGAGUGAUCUCUUGCCCCAGAUCCAUUAUUGCAGCAGCAGCGGCCUUCCAAAACCUGGUAGCUCAAGUAGCAUGCCCCUUGGGUGGAGGCACCCCACAAAUCGCUAACCACAACAUUGCAUGGUCCCCUCCACCUGCAGGAGCUGUUAAAAUCAAUUUUGACGGAUCGAAAAAAGGAUCUUCUACGGCAGGGAGUUUUGUAAUCCGCAAUCAAGAUGGUAAACCCCUGUAUGCGGCGGCCAAAGGUUUCGGUAAUACUACGGUACCGGUGGCAGAAGCUACUGCCCUAAGGAAUAGCUUGGAGUGCGCCUUGAGGUUGAAUCAUACCAAUGCUCAAGUUGAAGUCCAACAUAUUUUUAGAGAGCCAAAUUUUGUAGCUGAUUCUAUUGCUCACCUUGGGCACACCUCUAUAGACGGCCUUUUCUGGACGGACACCAUUCCCAGAAAUGCGUCUAAUGCCCUGUUGUUUGAUGUUGUAAACCUUGGUUGCCGAAGAGGCUUCCGCAUCUAA